GUGUGUGUGUGUGUGUGUGUGUGUGUGUGUUCUUCAAAUGGGAGUGUCCUUUGGCCAGUUAUUCCCACGUCUCUCUCUUCAUUUGUACUGAAUCAGUGAACUAAAAACUCACAGACCCAGGGGCUUCCCUUCGAAGACAAAGAUGAAUUCAACGGAAUUAUUUUUCAUAUGUCUCGGUGCUGCUGUUGUCAUCUUUUAUGGAGUUAAGGCUCUUCUCUUCACCAAGAUGCUGCGUCCAACAUUUUGGUUUCCAUUGCCACAGACCUUCUUCACAUCCAUGGGAGAAUGGGCAGUGGUGACCGGGGCGUCAGAUGGAAUCGGCAGAGAAUAUGCGUUUGCACUGGCCGAGCGAGGGAUGAAUGUGGUGAUUAUGAGCAGAACCAAAGAGAAGCUCAACCAGGUGGCCGGAGACAUUGAGGCCUCUACUGGACGGAGGGUGCAAGUGAUUGUUGCAGAUUUCGUCAAAGACAGCAUCUUCAAAGAAUUCCAAGGUCAGCUGAGAGAGUUGAACGUCGGAGUUUUGGUCAAUAACGUGGGCACGCUGCCCUCCCUCAUCCCCUGCAAAUUUCUCCAGUCUGCAGACCUGGAUCAGGCGAUAACAAGAGUGAUUAACUGCAACGUGAAGACCAUGGUGAAGAUGUGCAGCAUAGUGCUCCCAGGGAUGAACAGCAGGGGAAGAGGAGUGAUCGUGAAUGUUUCAUCUGGAGUAGCCACUUUCCCGUCUCCACUCUACUCUCUCUACGCUGCAUCAAAGGUGUUUGUGGAGAGGUUUUCUCAAGGACUUCAAGCUGAGUACAAAGAUAAAGGCAUAAUUAUUCAGGCCGUGGCUCCAUUCGGAGUGUGCACGCAGAUGGCAUCGUACCUGGAGCCGAGCAUGGUGGCCUUGUCGCCGAAGGAUUUUGUAAAAUGUUCUCUGCAAUACAUAAGAGCUGGUGACAAAACGUACGGCAGCAUCUCACACAUCGUCCUGGGUGGGCUGCUCCAGUUGAUCCCUCUGUCGAUCCUCCAGUCUGAGCUGAUACAACAUGGCCUCCAAGAUUUUUUGAAGAAAAAAGCGACACGAAAGGGAUACAGGCUCACGUCCACAUCAGAAUUUAAUUAUUUGGGAACAGAGUAGUUAUUGUUCACAAGUAACAUCCGACGUACGACCUGCUUGACUUAUGUCCACCCGUACUUAUGACCACGGCCAGCAGAUGCUUAUUUUUCUUUAUUCAAUGUCUGGCACCGCAGCACGUAGCAGCCCGGCAGCACAGUAUCCCAGCAUCUCACUCUCACACAGCCAUCUACCACUACAGUAGCACCUAGAACUGAAAUCAUCUUCUCCCUGCAACCUCAACAGUACUGCUACCACCGUCUCAUUUACACACCUGUAUUCUAGUCUUGGUUUUUACUGGCAAAAUUACAUUUAUUACACAAAAUUCAAUUCAUGUUAAUCCUCUUUCACAACUGUAUUUUUGGGAACCAUUUUGAAUUACUUUUGAUGUUCCAACGGUGAAGAGGACAUUCUGGGAGGGCUGUGCCAGCUUCACUUUCAAACACCUCGAUACAAAUAAUCAAACACAAACAAUAGAAUAGAAAUGCUGUGGUAAAUAGCAGUUUUUAAUUCUUUCCAGUAUCAAGUCACUGUGCAUUUAUGAAUUGGAACUGCAACCUUUUGAGGCUGGUGACCCUGUGACACCGCAACGGAACAGCUAUGAUUGGAUAUUAGAUAUAACUUGUUGAAAAUAAAUGAAGAAACUGUGUAAAA